UCUAUACCGGUUAAGCCGUUCAGUGCCAGCCCGGCGUCCGUCACGGUUAAACCUCGACCAUUUCGUUGGCUGACUCGACCGAAUCCUCCGCGUCAGCAGGACACGUCGUGCCAUCGUCUGGUCACGAUCGCGGGAUCGCGGUUCCUGCGAGGUUCCCCCCAUCUCGUCGAUGACAUCCGGAGAACCGUGUCGAAUCGGCCGGCCCGUCAGUGACCUAGUACAAGAUCCUAUUCGACGGUUGCUACACAUCGUCUUGCCGGAAUCUGGAUCACGAUCAGCUGUUCGGGGACACACACCUCGGUGAAUCGACCGAUCGACAGCUCGCUGCGAAAUCCCAGGAACGUGGAUCUACUGAAAAAUCUUCGCGCAGAUAGAGAAAUCCUGGAUCAGCUGUUCGAUGAACUGAUCGGAGGCACGAACGUGUCCUCGGAAAGUGACUCGCAACGAUGACUCGAAGGAUUUUCCCUAGGAUUUCGAUCCUUCCGGCCUGAGUGCCUCGGUCAGCUGUUCGAAGGGGUCCGUUCGGCGAGCCGUACCUCCGAAGAUGAAACGAGGCGUCUAUUCGCCGUUGACCUAGAUCCGAGACAGUGGAUAAGUUCGAGGAUUGGGCGAGAACAGAGUGAGCCGCGUGCGAGCAGUUCAAGGACGUCGGACCAGGUCCCAGCCACCUGGGGACCCUCGAGUGCAACAGUUGUCGGCCGCCUGUGAUUUCAGUUGAGGAAAAAAAGGGUUCGGUCUCGAAGAUGAACGAGUGAUUCGAGGGAUUCGGGGAGCCGCGUUUAGAGUAUCAGAAUGGCGACCGAGCCGCACGCGAUCGCCACCGGCACCGGGAGCCGAACUAUUCAGCGAACGGGACACCAGGAUUCGGAGCGAGCGAACGCGCCGAUGAAGUAAUCACGAGGACCGACUAGUCACGGACCAGGCUGAUCCCAAGGGAGAUCCAGGGAUCAGGAUGCGGUGGAUCGGUUACGUGGCCACAAUCCUCUGGUGGUCGGGCAUCGCCAGGUCCCUCAGCACGCUGAAUCGAGGUCACAGUUACAAAAUCACCCCGAAGCCCUGCCGAGUGCCAGGCGCUGAGACCAAGGAGGGCACGUGCAUGUUCGUCUGGGAGUGCAUCAAGUCGGAGGGGACGCACGUGGGCGUGUGCAUGGACACGUUCAUGUUCGGCAGCUGCUGCGUGCACAACUCGACGACGAACUCGAUCACCGCGCCUAAUCAACAGCAGCAGCACCAUCAUCAUCAUCAUCAGCAGCAGCAGCAGCAGCACGCGUCGUCCUCCGAUCCUCUGAGGCCAACGCUGGCGGAAGCGUUGGGCAACGAGGCGACCAGGCCAACGUUGACCUCGUUGUCCAGCUUCCUGGUGACGGAUUCGACGACCCCGAGGCCCAGUCACCAUCAGUCGAGCUACGAUCCUCCCGGCGGGACCAGCAGACCCCAUAAACCAUUGUCGCCCGGCUCCGGGAGGCCGUUGCAGAAGAGGCCGCACGCGAAGCCGACGUCGGACCACAAGGACAGGGUGCAGGUGGUGCCCGGCUCGCCGAACUUCUGGGAGAAGGGCUCCCAGAGCACGAGGCGGCCCGGGUCCACCGAUCACUGGGUGAAGGGACCGCAGAGCACCAAGAGGCCGGGUUCUGACUCCUGGGAGAAGGGUCAGACCACCAAGAGACCCGGCUCCACCAGUCCCUGGGAGAAGGAGGCUCAAACUACUAAAAGACCAGGCUCCAAUCACUGGGAGAAGGAGGCUCAAACUACUAAAAGACCAGGCUCCAAUCACUGGGAGAAGAGUCCUCAGACCACCAAGAGACCCGCGUCCACUAGUCUUUGGGACAAGAACGCUCAGAGCACCAAGAGACCCGCGUCCACUAGUCUUUGGGACAAGAACGCUCAGAGCACCAAGAGACCAGGGUCCACCAGUCUUUGGGACAAGGACACGCAAAGCACCAGGAGACCAGGGUCUACUAGUCUUUGGGAUAAAGACGCUCAAAGCACCAAGAGACCAGGAUCUACUAGUCUUUGGGAUAAAGACGCUCAAAGCACCAAGAGACCCGGGUCCACUAGUCUUUGGGAGAAGGAGACUCAAAGCACCAAGAGACCGACAUCGGACACCAAGAGGCCCGGGACGGUCGAGAUCUGGGAGAAAGGUCCUCCGAGCACCAAGAGACCCAGCUCUUCUUUCUCUACGUUCGUCCACACCACGAAGAAACCAGCCACUACUGUUUUCUGGGAGGAAACUCAGGGUACCAAGAGACCGGACGUCCAAAGUCCUCAACAGAAGACCAGGCCGGACGAUAGCCAGCACACGGCUGUUAAGGAGAAGGAGACUACUCACGACGGGUUCCAGGGCCAUCACCAAGGGUUCAAGGACAAGGUGGACACUGGGCACAACACGUUGAUCAUAAGACUGCCGGGUAAGGAGCACGCGUCCAACGACGACGAAGGUAUUAGGCCGAACAGGCCGAGCAACCAAAGACCGAUCGAGACGAGGCCGGACGAGGGGAAGACCGAGGACGCCGAUCUGACCGUGCAGGAGUCCGUGCAUCGGCCGAGCGUCAAUUCGGUUGACGAAAACGAAACCGUCAAGGAGCCUCACUCGAACCUGAACUUCAUCCACACCGAGCGGCCGCAAUGGGCGACGAAGCCGGUAUCGCCGAAACCGACCACGGACUUCUCGAAACCGUACUUCUCGAUCAAGACGACCACCUACAGGCCAACGUCGAUGAACGACUCAAGGCCGAACUUCGUCUCGAAGCCGACCAACGCCUCGAAGACGCCGCCGACGAUCAGGCCGAGCCUAGCCAGCAGCCAGUUUACCACCAGCGCAGCCGGAUCCGUGCCACAGACCUCUCACUGGCAGGUGACCACAGAACCGGCGUUCAUCACCAAACAAAGGCCGUCGUCGUCCACGAAGCCGUCGGGCUCCUUGGAAACCGCUAAACCGAUGCCAGUUAGCUCCCAUUUCUGGUCGGAGAACAGCUGGACGCCGCCCAGACCGUCCUUGAAACCGCACUGGACGGACAAUCCUAGUCUCCUUCAGAACGGCCCUGAAGCCUUCCCUCCGCGACCCAGUUUCAAGCCCACGGAACCACAGGAAAGCACCGAGUUCCAUAAGCCGCUCGGCUCGGCCCACUACAUCACGACGUCCCAUUUCGAGACGUCCGCCAGGCCGAGACCCACGAAGAAGACCACGACGUCCACGACGACGACGACCUCGACGACUACGACGACCACCACGACCACGACCACGACCACUACGCCGAGACCCGAGACGACCGUUACCAGCGAGCCGACCAAAGCAACCGGAUCGGUGCUGACGGUUUCCGCGGCCGACGAGAGCAAAGGCACGCAAUGCGGCGUCCCGCCCCUGUUCCCAAGGCCGGAAACCAGGAUCGUCGGGGGCAAGGACGCGCCGUUCGGUCGAUGGCCUUGGCAGGUGUCCGUCAGACGAACUUCCUUCUUCGGGUUCUCCAGCACGCACCGCUGCGGCGGCGCUGUGCUCAACGAGAACUGGAUCGCCACGGCUGGCCACUGCGUUGACGACCUGCUGACUUCGCAGAUCCGGAUCCGCGUCGGUGAAUACGACUUCUCGUCGGUCCAGGAACGCCUGCCUUACGUCGAGCGAGGCGUCGCAAAGAAAGUGGUCCAUCCGAAGUACAACUUCUUCACGUACGAGUACGAUCUAGCCUUGGUGAGACUGGAGAGCUCGUUGACGUUCGCGCCGCACAUCUCGCCCAUCUGCUUGCCAGCCACCGACGACCUUCUGGUCGGCGAGAACGCGACCGUCACCGGAUGGGGACGGCUCAGCGAGGGCGGCACUCUGCCCUCCGUGCUGCAGGAGGUUUCCGUGCCUAUAGUGAGUAACGAUAGAUGUAAGUCAAUGUUCCUGAGAGCUGGUAGACACGAAUUCAUACCAGACAUAUUCCUGUGCGCGGGAUACGAGACCGGAGGUCAGGACUCUUGUCAGGGAGACUCUGGAGGGCCGCUUCAAGUCCGAGGCAAGGACGGCCGCUACUUCCUGGCCGGAAUAAUCUCCUGGGGGAUCGGUUGCGCGGAGGCGAACCUGCCCGGCGUGUGCACGAGGAUCUCGAAGUUCGUCCCGUGGAUCCUGAAGAACGUGACCUGACCGAUCCCCGAUCUUGUCCACUGGAAAUCUUGUUCACAGCUCGCCGGGACGGUGGCUGGGAGCCUGAACAUCGCGUUUCCUCGACGCUCCGUCGACGGCCGGCUCUCCCUCGGGGGCCCCUCCUCCCUCGGGAUCAAACGGGGAGAUCAGCUGGAUCAGCUGGCGAACACACGGGACACUCGAUCCACGACGAUAGAAAUCGCGGGUCGGCCAGAACGGAGAGAGCCACCGCACCGGCGCCGCGGGAAGAGAGAAACGGAAACAUGGAUUCACCGGAUUUCAACUGCUGAAUAAGCCCGUCCUCGUUCUUCGGGGCUUCGAACCGAAGCCGCAUAAGGGGCCUUGCAUCCCGAAGACUGUCGCCGAGAACGAAGCCAAUCAAACGUCUGAGAUACUUAUGGGACCAGGAUAGUCGUCCUUGCUUCUCAAACGCGGGACUGUAUUUAUAUAUAAAUAUAUAAAUAUAGAUAUAUAUAUAGAUAUAUAUAGAUAUAUACAUAUAUAUGUUACAG